UUGUACUAUCCUGAAAUGCUUCACUUUGUUUUUGUGUUUGUUUUUUUAGGACCACUGAAGCCAGAAAUUACCAUAACAUACAUUGCUGUUUCAGCGAUAUUCUUUAACAGUGGACUUUCAUUAAAAACAGAGGAGCUGACAAGUGCUUUGAUGCAUGUGAAGCUACAUCUUUUUGUCCAGAUCUUUACGCUUGUGUUCUUCCCAACAGCAAUAUGGCUUUUUCUUCAAGUAUUAUCAGUCACACCUAUAAAUGAAUGGCUUUUAAAAGGUUUGCAGACAGUAGGGUGCAUGCCACCUCCUGUAUCUUCUGCAGUGAUUUUAACCAAAGCUGUUGGUGGAAAUGAGGCAGCUGCUAUAUUUAACUCAGCCUUUGGAAGUUUUUUGGGUAUCGUUAUAACUCCACUGCUAUUGCUGCUUUUUCUUGGAUCAUCCUCCUCUGUUCCUUUUACGUCUAUAUUCUCUCAGCUGUUUAUGACUGUUGUAGUUCCUCUCAUUAUUGGACAGAUUGUCCGAAGACGCAUAAAGGACUGGCUUGAGAGGAAGAAACCUCCAUUUGGUGCUAUCAGCAGCUGCGUGCUCCUGAUGAUCAUCUAUACAACAUUCUGUGAUACUUUCUCCAAUCCAAAUAUUGACCUUGAUAAAUUUAGCUUGAUUAUAAUAGUAUUCAUAAUAUUUUCAGUUCAGCUGAGCUUCAUGCUUUUAACAUUCCUCUUUUCUACAAGGAACAUCUCUGGUUUCACACCAGCAGACACGGUGGCUAUCAUUUUUUGUUCCACACACAAAUCCCUCACCCUGGGGAUUCCAAUGCUGAACAUUGUAUUUGCCGGCUAUGAGCACCUGUCUUUAAUUACCGUCCCCUUACUUAUCUAUCACCCAGCUCAGAUUCUUCUUGGUAGUGUGUUGGUACCAACUAUAAAAUCCUGGAUGGUUUCUAGACAGAAGGCACUGAAGUUAACAAGACAGCCUAAAGCACCUGUGAAGGUCUAAGAAGGGAGGCAGACCGUGUCACAGCGAAUGUAUAUAUAUAUAUGUACUAUACUGUACACUCACAGACAAUUGAGAACUGGUACUUGUGAAUGUUGCUUCAGCAUAUAUUUUAUUUUUCUAUAUAUAUUUAAAAAGAUAGACCCAUUUAAGUGCCUUAAAAUGCAUUUUUGGCAAAAGCAUUGUUUCCAGAAGCCACUUUGUUAGUUACUGCCAGAGGUUGUACAGUAUUUUGUAGUCAUUUAGUUUUUUAUUUUUCUACCAGAAAAAAUUAUCAUAAUAAUUAAAAAUGCUGUGUUCCCUUCAUCACCUCUCAUUUGAAGCUAGGCUGCAACACCUCUAAGUUAGUGUUUUAAGCUAGCUAAAAUGACCAGGGCACAUCCCUAUGCUGGCUAACUUUAGAUAAGUGCUUUCUGAAAUUCUAUUCAAGAUGAACUUAAAUUUCUAUGUGAUUCUCUUAUCCUCCCUAGUCAUAUGAUUGUGACAUGCCUUUUUCUUCUGAGUUUGUGUAUACUCAGCAUGGGGCCAUCCAUUGGGUAGGAGCUGAGAAGCAUAAAUUAUUUGCAUUUGUUGACACAGUUGUCUAGACAUUCCUUCAAAGUUAAUGGUUUCUCAAGAAAUUUCUUUCAGUUCUGUAUUAUGAUAUCAUGGCAUUGUAUAUCUUAAAUGAAUCAUAAGCUUCUUCAAAGAAUGGUCUGGUUCUUGGGUUAUGAGUGAAAUAGUUGUGCUGUGCAGCUAAGAGGCUUUUUUAUUAUUUACCCAAGAUGAACAUUUUUUUUCUGUUCCCUCUCCCAACUGCAACACAGAGAUUUGCAAUGACAGAAUGUAGAUGCUAUUUUUAAAUAGAAUCUUUACUGUAGUAAAAGAGAAGCUAAGUUUUAUAUAUUGCCUUGUUAAUAAACCUCAUGAGGACAAGAAAGUUGACAGUUAUUUUUCUCUAAUUGAGACGGUUGUAAGACAAAUUAUAAAGGAUGUUUCUAAUAACAAGAACAUUAUCAUGGUUAAUUUUACAAUUGGUUGCAAAUAUUUUCUUAAAAUAUAUAGGUUUUUUUAAUACACAGAGAAAAAGACCAAGAAUGCAGAAAUGAUAUUUGUACAUCUAUGCCCAGAAAGAAAGGGGAAUAGGUAUAUAGUUGAACACACAACAAGGACCUUAUUCAAAAAAGUCAAGCAAUUUGAACAGGUACAUUAACAUGGACUCUAAGAUGGAGUCUGUCUGCUGGAAUUGUGGUAGUAGUGAGUGUCUAUUAAAAAAUAAGAGGAAAAAAAGAACUUCAAACAGUAAGAUAAAUACAAAUUCAGAGAUCAGAAUGCAUGUAUCUAUUCCCAUUUCACUCAAUUGCACUGCAAGCAUUAUCUGCAAACACAAAGGGGAACACCCUUAGUUUGUCUCUUCCAUGGUUCCAGUAAGCUGUGAACAUUUACACCAUUUGAUGUGCCAUCCAAAAAGGAACUUGGGAUGCAUGUCACUAUGUGUUUGUCAAAUUAUUUUUAGCUGUAUUUCUCCUUGGUUGUUCUUGGUUUAACAUAAGAGGAUUCCAUUUGGUUCCAAGCAGAGAUGUCUUGAUUUAGCGGAGUUUUUUAUUGCCAUUGGCAUUAAAAUAGCAGCCAUUAGUACUGGUUGUCAGUGAUGUAUUUUGAAAUCCUCAAUCCAUAAUCUAUAAAAUAUGUAAGCAACAAAGAUCCUGCAAGGUACUGAUGCCCUUAGUUUUCAGUCAUGUGAGUGGAGACAAUGAAACUAAGCAUAAAUGAGAGUUGAAGAUGCUCAGCAACUUGCAAUACUGGGCCUGUAUUAAGCUUCUUUUCAGAUACAAAUAAUCUACAGGGCACUGGCCAGUGAGUAAUAGCUUUUAACAAAUGUGCCUUUUGAGGUGUGCUCAUACCUGGUUAUAAAAAUAGAUCAGACAUAAGUUUUUAGAUCCAAAAUAUAAGCUCCACUGUACCAAAUGUUUUCCAUAAAGUGGGUCCAUAUGCAUCAAAAUUCUUUUACCUAAUGCUUAAAAGCAGAGAGCAGCCAAAGGUUAGGUAAAAGGCAUUAGCUCCAUUACAGCUUUUUUUGUUUUUCUUGCACAAAUCUGUCUCUGAACCCCCAAAGUAUAAAGAGACCUGAUCCAGUUCUAGUUGAAAUGAAUUAAUCUUUCUAAUGGCUUUAGUAGGCAUUGAAUCAGGCCCAAAGACAGCAUGAGUUUGUCUACACAGCUCCAAAUUUUGAAAUAGACCACUAUUCCAACAAGUCCCUUAAUCCUCAUGGAAUGAGGUUUACCGGGAUGUCGGAAUAGCAACCCCAUUAUUUGGAUUGCACUUGAAAUAACGGGUGUGCUGUUAAGAUGCGGAAAACACUAUUACCGGAUGCCAGACAUAUCCUGAAAUAGCGCUGCUAUCUAGAUGUUUCCUAAAUGACCAAAAGAAUUCUAGCAUACCCAGUAGCUUUUUCCCCAUUCAUUGGUUGUGUCUUCUCUAAACAGACAAGACACUGCUAAUAUUCCAAUUGUUCUACCUCUAUGUACUGAAUCUAACGCCUUCAGUAUGUUCAACAACUAGUUUAGAUUCCAUUUAAAAUGUCUGUCUUUUUUUAUAAUUUUACUGUGAUAAAAACAUUCUAAAGACUAUUUUCCAGAGAGAAUUUUGUGAGAUCCUUUGGAGUGUAAUUAAUGAUUGUUUAGAGCAGUCUAAAUGUUAUAAGUUUGUUCCUGUUUUUACAUAAAUUAAUGCUGGAUGUAUUGUUCUGAAUGCGAUAUAAAGCAAAUCUGAAAUACGUUUUUAAACGUGGAACUUAAUUACUCAUAUCCAAAAUAUUCUGGUAUGUUUAAAAAUAGUUACGGUGUUCAUUUUAUGCCUCUAAUUAUGUCUACAUGUCUUUAUAAAAGGAACGCAUUGGAGUUAGUUUUGUUAAUGUGAAAUUAGGGGAAAGAAACUGAUCAUCUGGGAUUGUGCUGUGUUGGGUUUUUUGUUUUGUUUUGUAAGUUGAAGUUGCAUUCUUUUGUCAGAGAAGUUGUAGAAUUCUCUGCGUGUUCCUUUUUUAAAAAGCAGUGUGAAUAAUUUUUAAAAUAUUUUACUAAUUAAAUUGAAGAAAGUUCUUUGUCUAGAAGCAGUCCUUUUCUUGUUGAUAUAAAUAACUUCAAAGACUUGUUUUUAUAUUGGAGAAAAGAUGAGCACCCAAGGAGAAGAUAUGGCAAGUUGUAAUCAAAUUUAGGUAAAUGACUUGAAUAUAAUGAUAUUUUAUAAGCAGAGGAUUAGAAAACUUUCUGAAUAUUCCCGGCCUUGGCGUCAAAUUUAUUGGGAGAAAUUCGGCCAUCUGUAUUUAAUAUAAAAUUUAUUUUGAUAUAAA